UACAAACACAGCAAUGAAAGAGUGGGGAUGGCUGGCAAAGACGAGACGAGAAGCCAGUAGCGACAAGAAUUGUGGUUUACCGCUCGUCUCUCUCCCUCUCCUUCUCCCUCUGUGUGUGUGUGUAUCUCACUGCGAUUUCCUCGUUCGCUCCUCGCGUCUGCUCGGCCCACGACCUUCCUUCCAUGCGUGGCCUCUCCGUCCACCUUUGCUUCUCCCAAUUAAUCUGAACUGCAGAAAAUUGCUCUCACAAUCUCUCUCUCUCUCGUACUCAGGUUUCUACAGAUCACAUGAACCAGCAAACAAAAAGCCAAUCCCUCCCUCUCAUCAUUAUAUUUCAUUUAAUAAAUUAAAAGUAAAGGAUACUGAGGCUGUGGGAGGAUGAGAUCUGAUCCGCCUGAGUCACUGUUCGUUUCUGCCAUUUCACCAUGAUUUCGUUUUCAGUGCAUUGAUAGAUUUCUGAUAUCAAUCACCUUCGUUUCUCUAAUCCCGAGAUGAUAAGCCUUCUGAUUGCUUCCUUUGCUCUCUGUUUUGGCGCGUUUUGCUGAUACUUAGUUACUAGGCCAUUCUGGAUCGAUCAGGGAUGCGUCAACAUAUGACUAGAAUAGAAUAGAGUUUUUCAAGUUUUCUUAUUUCUUCUGCAUCUUCUCAAUCCUGUGGGCCUCCGUAGCUAAAGGCCUGUCUUACGUCCGUUUCUGCGUCUUAUGUAAAGCUCUCCCUGCAAUUGAGAAGCAUUAUCUUGUUGUAGAAGACCCGCAUUUUAUUUAUCGGUGAACACUGAGCACCUUACUUGAAGGUAGUAAGAUGCUCCAGGCAUAAGGUGAAUGUGCUUUUGUGCUGAAGUGGGUCGUAAAAUUUCAUUCAAAGGAGGCUCAGAUUCAUUUUGGCUGUCUAGUUUUGCCUGGGGUGAUCUGAGGAGAUUUUCUCCAGGGGCCAAGUACAUGCUAAUGGUCGCUUCAAGUGGGGAAAGAUUUUCGUCUGAUUCCCCAAUGCGGUCGUUGGAGGAUUAUUUAUGACUUCUGACCAUCCGUUGCUGCAGUCAUCAGAUCCCCCUGUGCCCUCACGGCCUCGCCACUCAUGCAGAUUUGGCUCCUUCGAUUGUCUCUGCCACAAUGAUUCUUUCAAUUCUUCCAUUACUGAUGACCCUCAAUACAAUCCCAUUGGCGUAGAUUAUUUGGAGAAGGGUGAGGAAGAUCUUUCAGCUGGAGACACCAGCUUCCAUAUUCCAGUUAGAGAAAGUUCCAAUUCUGCUGUAACAACGCAGCAAUUCCAUCCUGUUGAGGCUCUGCAAAUUGAGGGGUUUUCAUUGAAAUGCCCCACGCAGGAGAAUAGAUGCCUGGUAUCGUGGGGUGCAAUGGAACUGCUGCAUAGCAAUAACAAUAGCACAACUGUAGCUAGCUUUGAAAUUUCCAGGAAUGCAUCUGCAGUUCAUGCUAAGGUGGGCUCUGGGGCUUCAUCUUCACUUAACGAUAAAUUGGGUUUUUCUCAGAGGAAGAGCUGCUACAGGAGUUCGCAGUUUGAUAAUAAUGCAUUGUGCGAGGAAGAUGCCAGGUUCAUCUACAUCAAUGAUCCUAGGCGAACCAAUGAUAAGUAUGAGUUCACAGGGAAUGAGAUACGAACAAGCAAGUACACAUUGAUUACUUUCUUGCCAAAAAAUAUUUUCAUUCAGUUCCAUCGAGUGGCUUAUUUGUAUUUCCUGGCUAUUGCUGCUCUCAAUCAACUUCCUCCUCUUGCAGUGUUUGGGAGAACUGUGUCCCUUUUUCCACUACUUUUUGUGCUUUGUGUCACAGCUAUUAAAGAUGGUUAUGAGGAUUGGCGAAGGCACAGAUCAGACCGCAAUGAGAACAACCGAGAGGCCCUUGUGCUGCAAUCUGGUCAGUUCCUACUGAAAAGAUGGAAGAAGAUACGAGCUGGUGAAAUAGUUAAGAUUUGUAUUGAUGAGACAAUUCCUUGUGACAUGGUUUUACUAGGGACCAGUGAUCCUAGUGGUGUCGCUUACAUUCAAACCAUGAAUUUGGAUGGCGAGUCAAACUUGAAGACGAGGUAUGCCAGGCAGGAAACAUCUUCAGCUGUAUCGGAAGGAUGUACAAUUUCAGGUUUAAUCAGAUGUGAACAACCUAACAGGAAUGUUUAUGAGUUCACAGCCAAUAUGGAAUUCAAUGGGCAUAAGUUUUCCCUCAGCCAAUCAAACAUUGUUUUGCGAGGUUGUCAGCUAAAGAACACUGAUUGGAUAAUUGGUGUUGUGGUGUAUGCUGGGCAGGAAACAAAAGCAAUGUUGAAUAGUGCAGCAUCUCCUUCCAAGAGAAGUAAACUGGAAAGUUACAUGAACCGGGAAACACUAUGGUUGUCUAUUUUCCUUCUCAUUAUGUGUCUAGUUGUGGCACUUGGAAUGGGCCUUUGGCUUGCACACUACAAGGAGCAGCUUGAUACCUUGCCUUAUUACAGAAAGACUUAUUUCACUCAAGGGAAGGAUUAUGGGAAGAGAUACAAGUAUUAUGGAAUACCCAUGGAGAUUUUCUUCUCCUUUUUGAGUUCAAUUAUAGUGUUUCAAAUAAUGAUUCCAAUAUCUCUUUAUAUUACAAUGGAGCUGGUUCGUUUAGGACAGUCCUAUUUCAUGAUUGGAGACAGGCAUAUGUAUGACAGUGGUUCUGGCUCAAGGUUUCAGUGCAGAUCAUUGAAUAUAAAUGAGGAUUUGGGUCAGGUACGCUAUAUCUUUUCAGACAAAACAGGGACACUUACCCAGAAUAAAAUGGAAUUUAAGAGAGCAAGUGUGUAUGGGAAGAAUUAUGGUGGCUCCUUGGUUGUGGCUGAUCAGUUGCAGGAAGAGUACCUUUCAGAUGCAGCUGCACUCAGGAGACAGGAACGUAAAUCUACACUCGCAGUCGAUUCUGAUCUUAUGAAAUUGUUGCACAAGGACUUGGUUGAAGAUGAGAGGAUUACUGCACAUGACUUUUUCCUGACACUGGCUGCAUGCAAUACCGUCAUCCCUAUUCGUACUUGUGAUAAAUCUUCUAGUUGUGCUGAUACUGGAUGUCAUGAGGAUGUAGAAACUGUUGCAUAUCAGGGUGAAUCUCCUGAUGAGCAAGCGCUAGUUUCUGCAGCCUCUGCUUAUGGAUAUACUCUAUAUGAACGCACAUCUGGGCACAUAGUAAUUGAUGUUAAUGGUGAGAAAUUAAGGUUAGAUGUAUUGGGUAUGCAUGAAUUUGAUAGUGUGCGGAAAAGAAUGUCCGUUGUCAUCAGAUUUCCCGACAACAGUGUGAAGGUUUUGGUGAAAGGAGCUGAUAUAUCCAUGUCCAGUAUUUUAGCUGAAGACAGUGAGAGGGAUAAUCAUGUGAGGCAUACAACACAACGCCAUUUGACUGAAUAUUCAGUGGAAGGUCUACGUACACUUGUUGUUGCUGCAAGAGAUCUUACAGAGGCAGAACUGGAGCUGUGGCAAUACAGAUUUGAUGAUGCAAGCACUUCCUUGACUGAUAGAGCCACAAAACUACGUCAAACAGCAGCUCUUAUAGAAUGUGAUUUAAAUCUACUUGGUGCUACUGGCGUUGAAGACAAGCUACAAGAUGGUGUACCAGAAGCCAUUGAGUCUCUCCGGCAAGCAGGGAUCAAGGUAUGGGUUCUGACUGGAGAUAAACAAGAGACAGCAAUUUCAAUUGGCCUUUCUUGCAAACUCCUGACAACAGAUAUGGAGCAAAUGAUUAUAAAUGGAAAUUCAGAGAAUGAGUGCAGAAAACUUUUGGCUGAUGCCAAGGCCAAGUAUGGUGUGAAAUCAUCAAAUGGAGGAAACCAUAAAUUAAAAUGCAAUAAGAAUGCUGAAAUUGACUACCUUGAGAUAGCUGAAGGGAAGAAGGAAGGAAUAGUGAAAAUGCCACUAGCACUUGUAAUCGAUGGGAAUAGUUUGGUGUACAUUUUGGAGAAAGAACUGGAAUCAGAACUUUUUGACCUUGCGACUUCCUGUAAGGUUGUUCUUUGCUGUCGUGUUGCACCAUUGCAAAAGGCAGGAAUUGUUGAUCUAAUCAAGAGCCGCACUGAUGAUAUGACAUUGGCUAUAGGCGAUGGGGCCAAUGAUGUUUCAAUGAUCCAAAUGGCUGAUGUUGGUGUUGGAAUUUGUGGUCAAGAAGGGCGUCAAGCAGUGAUGGCAUCUGAUUUUGCUAUGGGACAGUUUCGAUUUUUGAAAAGAUUACUUUUGGUGCAUGGACACUGGAAUUAUCAACGCAUCGGUUAUUUGGUUUUGUACAACUUUUAUCGGAAUGCUGUUUUUGUAUUAAUGCUUUUCUGGUAUAUAUUGUGCACAGCUUUUUCAACAACUUCAGCAUUGACGGAUUGGAGUAGUGUUCUUUAUUCUGUUAUCUAUACUUCUGUGCCUACCAUUGUCGUUGGUAUUCUCGAUAAGGAUUUGAGCCAUCGAACACUAUUAGAGUAUCCUAAACUUUAUGGUGCGGGGUAUAGACAAGAGGCUUACAACAUGCGCCUGUUCUGGAUCACAAUGGCUGAUACACUAUGGCAGAGUCUAGUCCUCUUCAGUAUUCCCAUAUUCAUUUACAAAGAGAGCACAAUUGAUAUAUGGAGCAUAGGCAGUUUAUGGACAAUAGCAGUUGUUAUUCUUGUUAAUAUACACUUGGCAAUGGACGUCAAGCGUUGGGUUUAUAUUACUCAUGUUGCUGUUUGGGGGUCAGUGAUCAUUACAUUUGCCUGUAUGGUGGUAUUGGACUCUUUACCGGUAUUCCCCAAUUAUGGGACUAUUUACCAUCUGGCUAAGUCACCGACAUAUUGGCUCACCAUCUUGCUCAUAAUAGUCAUUGCAUUGCUCCCUCGGUUUCUUCUCAAAGUUGUACAUCAUAUCUUUUGGCCUUCUGAUAUCCAAAUAGCCAGAGAAGCUGAAAUUCUGAGGAGAGGACCUGAUCACUUGAGGUCAAGAGCUGGUGGAUGUUGAAGUUGACUUGUAUAUUAAUUUUUUACAGACACACUCAUAUACAUUGAGAUGGCUUCCCUCAAGGUAACCAUGGGUUUUCCUGUGGCAUGCUGUUGUGAUGCUGAAAUCUUAUAACAGGGAGCAAUUCUCAUGCAAGACCGUUGACCAAUAACUUAUUUCAGUAAAGUUCUUGCAACUAAAAACUUGAUAAAGCCCACAUAUGAAAGGGAAAUGAUGGCUCUGGUUUUGGCUAUUCAUCAAUGGAGGCCUUAUCUAUUGGGCAAAAAGUUUUUGGUCCACAUUAAUCAAAAGAGCUUAAGGCAACUCAUGGAGCAGCAUACCAAUAUUCCAGCAUAGCAGUAUUAGAGUGUUAAACUGUUGGGGUAUGGCUUCAAAGGUAUCUAUAAGCCUGGUGCUCCAACCUCAGCGGCCUGACACUUUGUCUCGAAAAAAGAAGGGAAUGGCAUUGACAGCAAUGAGUUGUUCUUAGUGGGUCGAUUAGGAUAUUAUUGCUCAAGAAAUAGCUUCAAACCCUCAAUUACAAUGUGUCAUUCAAAGACUGAAAGAUCAACCAGUUGGCCUUAGUCCCUAUUCUUUGAUUCAAGAUCGUUUAUUUUAUCUGGGCAGGAUUGUGUUACUAGCUAGCUCUUCUUGUAUUCCUAAACUGUUGGCUAAAUUCCAUUCCUCCCCAACCGGGGUCAUUCGGGAGCUUUUUGGACAUACAAGCGCUUAGCUGCAAAUAUGUGUUGGCCUUGCAUGAUGAAGGUAGUCCAACAUUUCGUUUCAGAAUGUUUGAUAUGCCAAUGAAAUAAAUAUGAGACCACUUCAGUGAAAGGUCUUUUGCAACCACUCCCUAUUCCUACCAGAAUCUAGGAAGAUAUUUCCUUCAAUUUUAUCACAGGUUUUCCUCAUUCCCAAGGAGCUGAGGCAAUUCUAGUUGUGGUAGACGAUCAUCGAAAUGUGCUCAUUUUAUUGCUUUGAAACAUCCCUAUUUUGCAGAGUUGGUAGCUGAAAAAUUCGCAAAAGAAAUAGUUCGACUUCAUGGAAUGCUCAAAACAAUUGUAAGUGAUCGUGAUUCAAUUUUUACGAGUAAUUUUUUAUCUGAGCUGUUUCGAUUACAAGGAACAAAACUCACCAGAAGCGCAACAUACCAUCGGGAAAUGGAUGGACGAACAGAGGUCAUGAAUCGGGGAUUGGAAACAUACUUGCAUGGUUUCACUGUAGAACAGCCCAAGCAAUGGCUUAAAUGGUUGAGUUGUGUAGAAUUCUGGUGGAAUUCGAGCUACCAGAUAGCUGCAGGUAUGUCUCCAUUUGAGGCUAUUUAUGGGCGACCCCCCCCCCCCCCCCCCCGAACACCUUCUCUGCAAUAAUACCUGCCUGGCAAAACCUAAGUUGAAGCGGUAGCUCAAGAACUUGAAACCAGAGAUGAGCUUUUGAGGCAAUUAGCUUAUAACUUGAGAAGAGCUCAACAACGAAUGGAGUGUGCCGCCAAUAAGCACAUAAGAGACGUUGAGUUUAAUAUGGGAGAAUCUGUGUUCUUGAAAAUAAGACCUCAUCGCCAAGCAUCACUGAAGGGAGUUAUUCAUACAAAAAUUUCAACACGUUAUUAUGGACUGUUCUGGAUCAUUCAACGGGUGGGAAAGGUUGCUUAUCGGUUACAGCUACCUAUGGAAGCAAAAAUCCACCCAGUAUUUCAUGUGUCCCAACUGAAAAGGGUGGUCCAACAGCAUACAAUGGCUACUGAGUUACCUCACGGAUGGGAAGAAAUCAGACAGACAAUUGAACCCAACGCUGUGUUGCAAACCAAAAGUGAAUUGAUUAAUGGCUCGACACAAACUCAGCUAUUAGUUAAAUGGAAGGGGUAUCCGGUUGAGGAGGCUACCUGGAUGAAUCAUUCGGAUUUUAUCAACCAAUUUCCAACUCCAGCUUUGAGGACAAGGCUCUUCCUUUAGAAGAUGGCAUUGAUAGAAGCAGGCUGAACAAUCCCUCUACUGAGAUAGGCCCAAAGCCGCAGGGCCUAAGGGUCUAUUAUAGGAGAAAAUUCAAGGAUAAAAGCAACAUAGAAAUGGUUACAGAAGAAUCCAGAAUUGAACAGCUAGACUAAAGGACAAAUAUGCUGUUAGAAGGAAUCAAUGAGCAAUCGUGAGGAGAAUGUGAGCAAAUCACAAUCUCCUUGUUAUAUAAAUAAUGUGAUGCACUAGGGAAGGCCAUUAAGAAUUUUGAAUUUGUUUCUUCGGCAUUUUUGCUGGGUUAGCUCUAGGCUGGACAGGAGAUAAUUCCUGGUUUUGUUUUCUUAUUGAGUUAGAGGGGCGGGUGAGAGAGAUUGUACUGCUGGUUUGUGUUCUGCAAUAAAAAAACAAUACAAAUACUCUGUUCUUCUC